AUGGGAAGUUUAUGUUCUGAAUGUGGGGAAUGUUUUCUUAAGAAAUCACAUCUUCUUAAACAUCUAAAAAUUCAUUCAGGAGAAAAGCCAUUUUCUUGUCCUAUAUGUAGGAAAUGUUUUAACCGUAAAAACAUUUUUGUUGCUCAUCAGAGAAUUCAUACAGGAGAAAAAGGAUUUUCAUGUUCUGACUGUGGGAAAUGUUUUACUCAAAAAUCAGAUCUUAUUCGUCAUCUGAAAAUUCAUACAGGGGAGAAAGGAUUUUCAUGUUCUGUCUGUGGGAAAUGUUUUACUCUGAAACUAACUCUUAUUAGGCAUCAGAAAAUUCAUACAGGUGAGAAAGGAUUUUCAUGUUCUGACUGUGAGAAAUGUUUUAAUCAGAAAUCAAAUCUCAUUACGCAUCAGAAAAUGCAUACAGGGGAGAAAGCAUUUUCAUGUUCUGACUGUGGAAAAUGCUUUACUCAGAAAUCAUAUCUUAUAAGGCAUCAGAAAAUUCAUACAGGGGAGAAAGGAUUUUCAUGUUCUGACUGUGAGAAAUGUUUUAAUCAGAAAUCAAAUCUCAUUACGCAUCAGAAAAUUCAUACAGGGGGGAAAGGAUUUUCAUGUUCUGACUGUGGGAAAUGCUUUACUCAGAAAUCAUAUCUUAUAAGGCAUCAGAAAAUUCAUACAGGGGAAAAAGCAUUUUCAUGUUCUGACUGUGGAAAAUGCUUUACUCAGAAAUCAUAUCUUAUAAGGCAUCAGAAAAUUCAUACAGGAGGGAAAGGAUUUUCAUGUUCUGACUGUGGAAAAUGUUUUACUCUGAAACCAACUCUUAUUAAGCAUCAGAAAACUCAUAUUAAAAUAAAUCCGAGUUUAACCUCCUAAGUGCAGGGGGUGGCAUGUAGUUGUCACCCACACAAUACCAAGUGGUGAUGAUGACUGCAUGUGACCCCCUGAGGCGCACAGUUUUAGAGCUGUU